AGUAGGUUUCCUUUACUUUAGGAGCAGGGAUCAGUUUUUGGUUUAUUCCGGGAGUUUUUGUAAAUCCGUUAGAAUGGAGAUCGACUCCGAGUCCCGCACCGACAGCACCAGCGCCAUUACUGACAGAACCAGUAAGAUCUCAAAUAUAGAGAGUUUAGGCUUGUCACACUCCAAGUUGGCUUAUGAUGGGAACUUUAUUCGCUCUGCUUCUGGCGUGUUUAUGGCUGGAGAAAUCGUGUUUGGGCUUCUGGUGUGGACUCUGAUUGGUGGGACGGAGUACCUCCAUAUUCCUGCACUGGGAUGGGUAAUGUUUGUGUCAGUGUUUUAUUGGGUGCUUACUGUCAUUCUCUUCCUCCUAUACCUGACUAUGGCCCACACCAGGAUUCCCCAGAUCCCAUGGAAAAUUUUGGGAAUAUGCUUUAAUGGCAGCGCCUCUGUAUUGUACUUGACAGCAGCCGUGAUUUGUGCCAUAUCUUUGAAUGUGGCCGUUAGGGGGCGCUACUACUUCAUCAGCUGGGUGGCAUCAACGAUAUUUGCCUCACUGGCUAUGGUGUCUUAUGCAGGAAAUACAGUUGUGAAUUUCAAAUCCUGGAGAUCAAAAAGCGAAGAUACAUAAGCAAAUGUUUUUAGUUGGUUUGUUUGCUUGUCUGUUUGUUUUUAUUAUCCCUGGGGGAUCAUUUCUGCAAAUUGAAAGAAUCACAUAAAGAGAGAAUUUUGCUGUGGUCAAAAUACUAAAAAUAUAUGUAGCAUCAUUCCUAUAAGUUAAACUUGAACUGUACACUACAUAAGAUUUCUCAUGUUAUUUUUCAUAAGAAAUUAAUUAUUGUGGCAGAACAUAACAAUCUUUGCAUGCUGUAUCACUAUGGUAAGCCUACUGUAAUGAUUUAUAUUCAGAGUUGUUAGAUUCAGUUUGAUGGGAAGAUUUAGGAUUUUGUCAUUUAUCCUUGCUUGUUUGAAUAAAAGGGGAACUAUUAUCUAUAA